UGGGCUGGCUGCUUGUGUAUUAACCUGCCGCACCGGUUUCGGUUUAUGUUUUAGCCAACGCCAUCAUCAUCAUCAUCAUCCAUUACUUAUACUUAUAUAUACGUGUAUUUCUAUUUCUCUUUUAAUUUUCUCUCGAGCGCGCGCAAAGUUGUUGUUGUUGUUGUUGCUGCGACUUGUUGCUGCCUCUUUAUUUAUUUUUUAACCAGUUUCUUUGCUGCAACCUGAGCGCGAAUGAGCCAUAAAUAACAACAAACACACACAAUAAUAUAACAACAACAACAAACUGCUGCGACUGUCCCGGUUUCCAGGAAGCGAAUGUCCGUCCCGCUUGUCGCCGUCUGCGUCUGCAAUUCGCGUGCAGAGCUCUUUGGCUGUUGGCUGUUGCCUGGUCGACUGGCUGGCUGGCUGGCUGGCUGGCUGGCUGACUGGUCAUGCCCAGGCCUCUAUGGAUUAUGCAACUUUUGGUUUUUAUUUGAAAAUUUAAUAAUCCGCAACGCGUUGGCGUCGCUUCCUUGAUGGCCGCAGCCAUAGCUCACAAGCAGAGUGAGCAGAAAGAGACGGAGCGUGAGACAGCGUCAAUCAUGACGUGAAACUUUUCAGCGCCCACAAAGCAAAUUCCACUGUGUGAGCCGUCUUAGGGCUUAAGUCUUAAUCCCAACAGCCCAAGCAAAAACCCACCUCGCUGUGGAAUUCUGCGCAUCUAAUCAAAAUCUAAUUCGCAGUCAAGCAAAGUGCAUUCCACACUUGGCCGAGAAUCAUUUGGCUUCAACUUUUUGUCGUUCACCUUAAACGAGUGUCGGCCGUCGAGAGGUCUGUCAUAUCAGAGCAAACAAUUGCCAUGUGUUUAUUUGCACCGAACACUUUGCAAAGAGUUCUCAGUUCUCGGCUCUCAGUUCCCAGUUGAGCAGCCAGCCAGGGAAUCCCCGCACGAAACAGAACACAAAUAUUCAAAACGCAAACGCGAUUUUCAUUACCUUCUGCGCAAUUAAUGCAUAUGCAAAAUCUGCCGAAUCAGUUGAAUAUACAAGCCAAUACAUGUGCAUAUAUCAGUGUGUAUAUAUAUAUAUAUAUAUAUAUGGAGUAUAUAUGCAUGGUCAGUACAGUUAGCCUUGACCAACAGCGGGAGUAUAAACUUCUUGAAAGAUUUCGAAGUGCUGGGAAAUAUAUAUGUACAUAUGUAUGUAUCCCAUAAGUAUGACGGCAAGUGCAAUGUUUGUGUUUAUUUGAAGCCCACUAAAAGGUCAGUUACAAUGCCCAUAAAACCCGAGCUGAUAAGCACUAUUUGUGAUAAGAAAUUGUGGGCUUAAUAUCAUUUAUAGUUAUGGAGUCUUUUUUUUGCGGCAAUAAAUGGUUUAUACUCCAAUUUGUCGAGAAACCCGGCCACAACAUAGAAAAUCCAAUCAAUUAGCAAAAAAAAAACAAGAAGACGCAGAAAGGGCGUAACCGACUUUGUAAUACCCAUUCCCAUUUGAAUGUAAGUUAGAAUAUGAAGUAUGAAGAAAACCCAGUGCGGCUUGAAUUUUGUUGACGAGUGUAAAUGGAAUUUUUGGCGAGACAAGCGCUGGUCGAGUGUCUCGCAUGGAGACAAUGCAACAAGUAUUUGGUGGCCACAGAGUAUAUCUAUUUAUAUAAGACCGUAUAGUCAGCAGAGGUGACUGCAUCUAGCCAGACGCUUGGCUGGAAGUGGCAGCGGGACAGAAGAGAGCGAGUGAGCGAGACAGGGAGAAGUGGAGAGGGCAAGUAAAUGCAAAAAGUUAUUGCAGCAAAUAUUUAGUCAAGUGGAGAAAUGUUGGGUUGCAUUUGACUUGGCUGUGUUUAGGCGAGUUCGCUUUGCUCACCCUUUACCCGACCCAUUCCCAUUCCCAUUCCCAUUCCCAGUGCCAGGCGAUAAGAUAAAAAAUCGCUGCGAGCGGCGCCUGAACUCUGGCACAGGGCCAAAACGCGAAGCUGGCAAUGAAAAUGCGCUGCCAUAGAAAUGCGUAAGCAAAUACAGAGUGGCAAGCUAAUUUCCAAAAGUGCCAUCCAAUUGCAGGCUGCCCAAGGCAAUGAUUGACUAGACCCGUGGAAGACGAGGCCACGACGCUUUCGAGAUGCACGAACUGUUCACAAAAGUGCUCGCCAAGCGCGAUCUGUCCCGAGCCGGGGACUUGUUCUCGGUGCCCGAUGCGGACAUUGUCAAUGACAUAACGGAGGUGCUGUCCGAAAUCAAUCCCAUCAUCUCGCAUGCGGACUAUGUGAAGAACAACAAUGAUCAGAGCGUGGUGGAGAUCUGUGUCACACGGGUUCUCUCCUGCAUACGGGAGACACGCAGCGCGGAGCGUUAUUGCGCAGCUCUGGUGGAUCUGUUGAAGACGUGUCUGCUGUGGAAUCUACAGCCGGUGGCUGCCACCAAGGAGGAGCCGCCGCAUGCCAAGAUCGCCGCCGACAUUGUAUCUAGCAUAUUUUUAAACUAUGAUAAGAAAGAACUGAUGAAAAUUGCGCUGCCCAUUGCCGUGCAGUUCCUGCCCAAGGGCAAUAAGGAGCUGUCACGAAAUCUAGCCAGCUACUUGUCCCUGGCCGCCAUCGACUAUGCCUAUUUGCUGAUAGACUUCAUGGAUCCCAUCAUGGAUUCCAUACUCUCCGGCAACUAUGGCCUGCUGCGCGUGCUUUCCCAGGUGUACGAGGUGUCCCCAGAGACGGUGACGCCGCACGCGCCGCUGCUCAUUCCACUGCUGCCCCAAUGCGAUGCCCAGGAGCGCAUGGCAGUCUUUCAGCUCUAUUUGCUGAUUGUGCAGAAGUCACCGGCGGUGCUGGAGUCGUGUGUGCCGCAGCUAUGUGACUUCCUCCAAGACAGCGACACCUCCAGCAUCACCAUGCAAAUCCUACUCAAGCUGUCGCAGCAUGCUCCUCACCUGCUGGUCGAGCACUUCGAGCAGCUGCGUCUGGCCGCAAAGACUAAUCCCAGCACCGUAACGCUGUGCGCCCAGAUAUUGACCACGUCCGGCAUUGGCAGCAAGGAGACGGCACAGCAGGCGCUGGACUUUGUGCUCGAGCAUCUGCCCGCCCAGGCGCUGCUGCAGCAGGAGGCGACGCGACUCUGCUCCGCCUAUCCCGUGCUCUUCACGGACAAGGUGCUCGCCUGUGUGCGCCAAAAGAAUGCGGCGCUCAGCUCCCAGCAUGACGUGGGCAAUGCCGCGGGCAACAAGAUCUCUGGCGGUAUCACCAUUGUUAGCCUCAACAGCAGCACCAGUCCCAGCUCCAGCCCCAGCGCCAGCACCAGCACACAGAUUAAGCCAGCUCCAACUGCUACGCCCGCCAGCAGCAGCUCCAACAUUGUGCCGCAGCCGAGCGCGGUUAACGCCACGCUCGCCACGCCCAGUGCGGCGCCCGCGCCAGUGGCCACCUCAACGCCAGCGGCUGUGCCCGUUGCCACGGCCACGCCCACACCUCCACAUACGGGCUACACGCGACGCGUUAAGCUGGGCGACUCCCGCAGCACUGGACGCCUGCAUCCCGCGAGCAAUACACACAGGAGCGUCACGCGGCUCAAUGUGGCCAGCGGUUCGGUUGGGGGGCUGCACAAGAGCAUGACGCGUCUGAGCAACUCACAAAUCAAUCAACAGCCGGGCGGCAGCUCCAACAGCAAUGUUGUGGUUCAGACGGGCGCCAUGCCCAAGACGCCGACGUCGCCAAGUAAUCCGCCCGUGACGCCGGUGCCGCCGCUGAGCAACGAUGUGAUCAUCACCGGGCACAAUAAGCACGGUAUACCGGUGACCUCGGGCGGUGUCACCGUCACCACGUCGCCGUCCAAGGUGCGUCCGCACUCGCAGGGACCCUCGACGCUGCUCAACUCCAGCACGGUGCUGAUGAAGUACAGCACAGAUGCACUGAAUCAAUCCGUCGGCUCCAUAUCCAUACCGCAAUCCGUGGCAGCCUCGACAGCAGCAGCAGCAGCGGCGGCGGCGGCAGCGGCGGCGAGUGCUGCGAACGCAGUCUCCGUGCAUCAUGCAUCGCCAGCUGUGCCGCAAUCCUUCAGCAAUGGCAAUGCCAAGUCCGUCAUGAAGCUACCCGUUAAUGGCAAUAGCGAGGUGAUCGUUUCGGGCCCCACAACCACCACCAAUGUGGCGCCGCGACGCAGCGACAACACCAGCCGCACCCUGCUGAAUGCCAACAGCGUGAUGGAUCAGCGCAUGAGCACCUUCGAGCCAUAUCAGAUAAUGCGUGAUCCCGUGCAGCAGUUCUGCGAGAAGAACUUCAUCUCGAUCAAGUCAUAUAUGGACGAGGUCUCGCAACACCUGCCGCCACCGACGCGCUGCAGCAUUGAGGUUUCCAAUGAAUUUGCAGAGCGCCGGAAGAAGGUGGCCAAGCUGCAUUUCGCCUGCCAGAUACGUGGACCUCAUUGCCUAUACUCCAAGACGUGCUUUACGAUGCGCACACGCAAUCCCAAGACCUGGAUACACAUGAUAUUCCUUGACUUUCAAGUGCGACACUUUGUCAAGGAGAAAUGUGUGCUCAGCACUCGAGAGCCGGGCAUCAGCAACCUAAAGAAUAUCUGGCAGAUACUCAAGUGCGAGAAUCGCAGCUUCACCGAGCUGGUCACCAGUCAGUUUCCCCAGGUCAAGGACCGCGAGAUACUUGUGAAUGAGCUGCGUCAUUCGGGCUUUCUGGAUGUGUUCGAGGUGUCCAAGACGGACAAGUCCAAUCCCAAUUGCAAUGAGCUGGAGUAUCAGUGGGGCUGCUUUCUGUGCAAUCAUCCGGACAAGGCGGUGGGCUUUCUCAAUGGCAGCAAUCAGCCCAUGAUUGAGGGUCAGCUGAAGGAGAAGAAGGGCAAGUGGCGACUAUUUAGGCGCUGGCGCACACGCUACUUUACGCUAUCGGGCGCACAUCUGUCCUGCAAGGGAUCCAGCGGCGGCGAGAGCAUCGAUGUGAAUCAAAUACGUUCCGUUAAGGUUUCACGCGGCGCACGCAACAUACCGAAAGCCUUUGAGAUCUUCACGGCCGAUCAGACCCUAAUACUCAAGCCCAAGGAUGGCAAAAACGCCGAGGAAUGGGUGCAGUGCCUCAGCAUUGUCGUCGCCCACUCGCAGGCGCGCGACAAUCCCACAAACAGCCUGCCCGCACGCAGCAUUGGUAGCAGCAAGCCCUCCUUUUAGCUAGCAAGGAAUCCCCAGCCCUAACCCUAUUCCUAUGCCUAUGCCGAACCCUCAUCCAACCUGAACCUACAUUGUGAGAUUAUUUGUAAUUGUAAAGACGACAAGCACACGCAUAAAAGACAAACGCGGCGGCCGCAACUUAUAGCUGUCUAUAUAUAUAUAUACCUACAUACAUACAUACAUACAUACAUAUAUACACAUAUAUACCAUAUACGAGUACAUGUUAUAUAUAUAUAUAUAUAUAUGCCCAUACUUAUAGACUUAUAUCUAGCAUAUAGUACCAUAUAAUACCAUUUCAAGGGAUUUUACAAAAAUUGUGCGAAAUUGUUUUUUUCAAAAUUAGUUAACUUUUUUUUACAUUUAGUUUAUGCUUAUUUAUUGUACGUGUAUUAUACAAACAACUUUCUAUCGAAACAAAAUCAAAAA